CACAAAAAUAGUUCAGUUUAAUAAAAAAUUUUGUUCCAAAAAAUAGUUCAGUUUCACAAAGUCAAAUUUAAAUUUGAUUGAAAUUACUUAACUACCCUUAAAACCUAUAAUCAAAAGCCGGCCAGUAAUUUCUAUCCAAACCUAUUAUACGGCCACCAAACUUCCAAGUGCGGCCACCACCAUUUGCACUCCUCUAAUUCUUCCGUCUCCAAGUGCGGCCACCACCACCUGCCGAUCUGUUGUCACCACCACCUGAAGAAUGAGGUUCUAUUUACCAAAUCUUCAUUGCCGAUUUGUUCAAUUCCUCUGUCGAUUCACCAAUCUGCUGCAAAAUUCACAACGCUCAAGUAGAUUGUGUCCCUUGCCCCUCCCGAUUGGAUUUUCUCUGCUUCCAAUUUCCAGCUCGUGUAAUAAUGACGAAAAUUAUUUUUUAUCCUUUCCUUUGUUGGAUUAAAUUGAUUCUCUUCUUUUGUCGUUAAAGAAAGUGGAUGGAUUGCUGCUAGAUAGCCUUUUUUGGGUCUGAUUUUAAGUUGAAAAAUUACGAUUUUCAUGGCUGAUUCGUCAGAGAAUGAGAGAAAUGACCAGAAAGGAAAGGUGUGGAUUUGGCGGUGGCAAUUGUAGUUGUCUAUGGAGUUUGUGGCUGGAUUGAAGAGGUGUUCUCCGGCGAAUAAACGAAGGAGAAAUAUGUCUGGUGACUGGAAGAUGAGAUAGAUGAGGGGUAAAAGUGGAAGUUUAUAGUUUAAAAUGAGUUGUACCUUGAGUGAGUUGAUUAAAAUUAAAAAGUUGUACAUUUUAAAACUGGACUAUUGUUUUUAAGACGGUGGGAGUAUUUGAAAUCAAUAAAUUAUACUAAUAUAAAUAUAUCUGGAAAAGGGCCAAAAUAUUUGGAUUCAAUUGGAACGAAAUAUAUGUUAGGGGAUCCUUAUGUAAUAGCUAAAAUUUUGAGGGGGUUAAGAAGUGAUUGAUUAACAUUUCUGUACUUAUUUUAAUUCUUAUUUAUUUUCUGCCUGAAGCGACGGAAAGGAGUCUCUGUAAUAAGUAAUGUAUUGGAGGAAUCGAUGCUGACUUGUUUACAAAACAAUCUCAAACUUCAACUUCGAUUCGAUUGAGGUCCCUCAAAGAUUUGGCUGUGUGUUUCCGAGAUGGGUUUUCUGAGUACUAUACUGGGUUUCUUUGGAUUUGGAGUUGGGAUUUCUUCUGGCUUGGUCGUUGGGUACUAUCUGUUCAUCUAUUUCCAACCUUCUGAUGUCAAGGAUCCGGUUAUCCGCCCGUUGGCUGAGAGAGAUGAUCAAGGUUUGCAGAGUCUACUCCCUGAAAUACCCCUGUGGGUGAAAUGUCCGGACUACCAGCGAGUAUGUUUUAUGUUAUUUUAACUGUUUCUUUAUACCUCUGUGGAGUGACUGUUAAAAAGAUGGAUGCUAUGCUGAAAUAUGUAGGUCGACUGGUUGAACAAGUUUCUUGAGUUAAUGUGGCCUUAUCUGGACAAGGCAAUUUGUAAGACUGCAAAAAACAUUGCGACACCUAUCAUUGCUGAGCAGAUCCCGAAGUAUAAAAUAGAAUCCGUUGAGUUUGAAACACUAACUCUGGGGUCACUUCCUCCAACUUUUCAAGGUAUGAAAGUCUAUGUAACCGAUGAAAAGGAAUUGAUCAUGGAACCAUCCCUCAAAUGGGCAGCUAACCCUAAUAUUACUCUUGCUGUCAGAGCUUAUGGGUUGAAAGCAACUGUUCAGGUAGUGGAUCUACAAGUCUUUGCUGCACCACGUAUUACUCUAAAGCCUUUGGUACCAAGCUUUCCAUGUUUUGCCAAAAUAUUCGUAUCCCUCAUGGAGAAGCCACAUGUUGACUUUGGCCUGAAGCUUGUUGGGGCUGAUCUUAUGUCAAUACCAGGGGUGUACCCGAUUGUUCAGGAUGUUAUCAAAAAUCAAGUAGCGAGUAUGUAUCUUUGGCCUAAGACCUUGGAAGUACAAAUUCUCGAUCCAGCCAAAGCCAUGAAACGACCUGUUGGAAUUCUUCAUGUCAAAAUCUUGAAGGCAAUGAAGCUGAGAAAGAAAGAUAUACUGGGUGCAUCUGAUCCUUAUGUGAAGUUGAAGCUCACUGAGUCAAAACUUCCUUCAAAGAAGACUACAGUGAAGCAUAAAAAUUUGAAUCCUGAAUGGAAUGAGGAAUUUACUAUGCUUAUUAAAGAUCCUGAAACUCAGGCACUUCAAAUUAAUGUUUAUGAUUGGGAGCAGAUUGGAAAACACGACAAGAUGGGGAUGAACGUCGUUCCUGUAAAGGAACUUACUCCAGAUGAGCCGAAGGUCAUGACACUAACUCUUUUGAAGAACAUGGAUCCAAAUGAUGUUUCAAACGAUAAGGAACGUGGGCAGAUCGUGGUAGAAUUAACGUACAAGCCUUUUAAGGAGGAUGAUAUGCCGAAAGAUUUUACUGAAUCAGGUGCUGUUCAAAUGGCUGAUAAAGAUACUCCACCUGGUGGAGGGCAACUUGUGGUAAUAGUUCAUGAAGCUCAAGAUGUUGAAGGAAAGCACCACACUAAUCCUUAUGUACGAGUUACGUUCAGAGGAGAAGAGAAGAAAACCAAGCAUAUCAAGAAGAAUAGAGAUCCAAGGUGGGAAGAGGAAUUUACUUUUACUGUGGAAGAGCCUCCAGUGAAUGACCGUCUGCAUGUAGAAGUAUUGAGCCAAUCAUCAAGGAUUGGACUGUUGCAUCCCAAGGAAAAUUUGGGUUACAUUGAUAUCAGCCUUGCUGACGUUGUGAACAACAAAAGGAUCAACGAGAAGUUCCAUCUUAUUGAUUCCAAGAACGGGGUGAUCCAGAUUGAGCUGCAGUGGAGAGAAGCUCCCCCAAAAGAAGAAAAAGAAGCAGCCCCUGCAAAAGAAGUAGCUUAAGGACGCCUUAGUUUUUGUUUCUUUCUCAAAAUUUUACUUGCGCGUUUGUCUUGGAUGUUGCUGGUUAUGGUGGAGAUAUCUGAUUAGGCCAUAUGUUGUUCUUUUCUUUUCAAAAGAAGUUUGGGUUUUUUUAAUCUUUUGCACAGGGGAAGAGUUCAUGGUGUCAGGAGGACGUCUUCGGGUUGGUGGUGGUUUCCUUUUUUGUGUGUGGGUAUAACUAUUAUAUACUUCAGCAUUUUCACAGGGUUAAAUUGCAGUGAUUGCUUGAUUUGUGGCAUAUUUUGUUGGGAUACUUUGUGGGACAUUCUGCAGCAUCGCUACACUUUUGACGCAAAUUUGAUUCGCUAAGUGCCGUAGCAAAAUAUUAAGAGCUAAUUAAUACUCCAUUCAUGUGAAAAGCUUGUCUAAUUUGGAUUUUUAUUCUUUAAUUUAAAUUGUACAUAAAAUUUUUUUCUUGAACACUAUGAAGGAAAUUAUUAUUAUUUUUUUUCGUUAACGUUAGGAAGCCCACCACAUAUGGGUAAAAAAUUGUACAUAAGUAUAAAUUCAAAUUGGACAAUCAUUUUAGAAGAGUAUUAUUUUCUGGCCAAAUUGAUAUAAUCAUAUGCAAUAAAAAGUCAAUAAAGGCUAUGUGUAGCUUUUUUUUUAAUGGUUUUUC